CAGCGGAGGCAGCAGCAGCAGAAGCUGCAGCAGCGGAGGCAGCAGCAGCAGAAGCUGCAGCAGCAGAAGCUGCAGCGGCAGAAGUUGCAGCAGUAGAAGCUGCAGCAGCAGAAGCUGCAGCGGCAGAAGUUGCAGCAGCAGAAGCUGCAGCAGCAGAAGCUGCAGCGGCAGAAGCUGCAGCAGCAGAAGCUGCAGCAGCAGAGGCUGCAGUAGCAGAGGCUGCAGCAGCUGACGCAGCGGCAGCAGAAGCUGCAGCAGCAGAGGCUGCAGCAGCUGACGCAGCGGCGGCAGAAGCUGCAACAGCAGCAGCUGCAGCAGCAGAAGCUGCAGCAGCAGAAGUUGCAGCAGCGGGAGUUGCAGCAGCAGAAGCUGCAGCAGCAGAAACUGCAGCGGCAGAAGCUGCAGCAGCAGAAGCUGCAGCGGCAGAAGCUGCAGCAGCAGAGGCUGCAGCGGCAGCUGCUGUUGCUGCAGAAUCUGCAGCAGCAGUUGUAGCAACAGCGGCAGCAGCAGCUGUAGCAGAAGGCGAUGCAGCAGCAGAUUCAGCAGCAACGGCGGACGCUGCAGCGGCUGAUGCGACAGCGGCAGAGGCAGCAACUGCAGCUGCUGCUGCUGCUGUAGCUGCUGCGUCUUCAGGCAGACAGGACGCAGCUGCUGGAGCAGCAACAGCAGCAACGGCUGCAGCAGCAGAUGAAUCAGCAGCAAGAAGUGCAGCAAAGCAUGAAGCCACUCGAAGCUGCGCAACAGCAGCACAGACGACCAGUGCGAAGGAAGCAUUGGCGCCAGCAGCAACAGCAACAACAGCAGCAGCAACAGCAGCAGCAGCAACAGCAGCAGCAGCAGAGGUAGCAGCACCGAAGAUAACAACAGAAGAACGAGGAGUAGGGAAGACUGCUGCAGAAAAAGCUGCUGCAGGGACUGAGGCAGCAGCAGCCCCCCUAGCAGCAGCAGCAACUCCAGCAGCAACGGAGCCCGCCGCCGCAGCAGCAGCAGCAGCACCAGCAGCGGCAGCAACUGCAGCAGCAGCAGCAACAGCAGCAGCAGCGCCGGCAGAUUGGCUAGCGGCCAGCUCCACACCGCUUCGAAGUAAGGAAGGCGAGACUGCAGCAGUACAGCAGCAGCUGCAGCAGCAGCAGCAGCAGCGAGAACAUGAAAGACAGCAUGACAUUCCGCAGGGUGCAGCGGUACAGAACAGCAUCAGCAGCAGCAGCAACAGCAACAGCAACAGCAGCAGCAAGCUUUCUGUUGCUGCUUCAAUAACAACUCGAUGUACUACAACCUGCAGCAGCGGCUGCGACACUGCAGAGGGGUUUCCGUCUUUAGGGGAAGCAGCUGCUGCUUCCUCUACGCUGCAGCAGCAGCAGCAGCAGCAGCAGCAGCAACAGCAGCACCAGCAAAGCUCUUGUGCUGGUGCUUCUGGCCCCACAAACGAUCUGCUGCCUCGGAUCCGUCUUUUGCUGCUGCAGUCUGCUGCGCACGAUAAGCAGCAGCAGCAGCAACAGCAGCGGCAGCGGUCAAGGAAGCAUUGGCGACAGCAGCAGCAGCAGCAGCAACAGCAGCAGGGAGACGAGCUGCUGCCGCUGCGCAUUUUGCUGCAGACCUUUUCUAAAUCGUCGGAAUGCAUCGUGCAGAUGCAGAAGCAGCAACUGCAGAAGCAACAACUGCAGCAGCAGCAACUGCAGGAGCAGCAGCAGCAGGAGUGGGAGCUGGAGCAGCAAGUUGCCGCUCUUGCUGCUGCCGUUUCUCGUGUCCACAAGACGUACGCAGCAGCAGCAACAGCAGCAGCAGCAACUGCAGCAGCGGCAGCACCCCCUGAUGAAGAAGCAGAGAUAGGAGAGCCGCUGCUUCCGUUUGACUUGGCGUUGAAUAUUGCUGCUGCCUUUUGGGGUGCUCUCAGCAACGCGGUGCAGAUGUCGUCGCUCCAGCAGCAGCAGCAGCAGAAGCAGCAGCAGCAGAAGCAGCAGCAGCAGCAGCGGCAGCACCAGACACUCCAGCAGCAGCAAACGCUACAGAGGCAGCACCCUUUAAGAGGCACCGCUGCAGCAGCUGCUGCAGCAGCGGCUCCUUUUUCUGCAGCUCAAUCCACUACGCAGAUGAGUGAGAAGCAGCAGCUGCAGCUGCAGCAGCAGCAGAAGCAGCAGCAGAAGCAGCUGCAGGAGCAGCAAAAGCCGCAGCAUGUGGGGAUGAGCAGAGGCCAAGCAGCAGCAAAGCCAGAGCGUUUGGUGUUGGUGUUUGAUGCAAAAACCUUCGGGCUGAUUAACGUGGUGCAGCAGCAGCAGCAACAGCAGCAGCAGCAACAGCAGCAGCAGCAACAGCAGCAGCAGCAACAGCAGACUCAAGGCGAAACGAAGCAGCUGCCGACGCUGCAGGACUGCUGGCUGGCGAGGUGUGCAGAGCGCUCACGCUUGGGAAGGAGGCAGCAACGGCAGCAGCAACAACAGCAGAUGCAGCAGCAGCAGCAGCAGCUCCCGAAGCAGCAAAGGAGGCAGCAGCAGCACGUGCUGCUGCAGCCUUUGCCGACAGCUCCUAGGGGAAGCAGCAGACCAGGCACACGCCGGAGCAGCAGCACCCAUUGGCGGGGCAUUCAGUACAGCAGCACCAGCAGCAACAGCAACAGCAGCAGCAGCAGCAGCAAUGCAGAGCGCAGUUUGAUGGCGCAGCGGCGUCGCCAUCAGCUGCAGCGCCCAAGGUCUGCUGAACAUGCUGCUGCUGCUGCUGCUGCUGCAGCGCGACGGGCCUCAGAGGGAGGCAGCUGCAGCAGAGCUCUUAGGAGUGUGCUGCGGCCUUCGUCAGCAGCAGCAGCAGUUGCCGCCGCUGCUGCUGCUGCGGACGUCGCUGCAGCUACAGCUGCAGCAGAAGAAGCAGCAGCAUUAGCUGAGGCGGAGAAGGCUGCUGCCGAGGCGGAAGCAGCAGCAGCGGCAGCAGCAGCUGCUGCAGCAGCAGCAGCAACAGGGGAAGCAACAGCAUUCUCCUCUCUUGGUGCUGCGCUGCUGUCUCCUUCUUCAUUGACGCUGAGCCCAGGCAGUUCGCUGUCUCCUUCUUCUGCUGCCUCUUGCAGCAGCAGGAAAAGAGCAGCAGCACUUAAAGCUUUUGCUGCUGCUGCUGCUGCUGAUGAUGAUGUAUGCAGCAGCAGGGCAGCAGCUGCAGCGCGAGGGAGUGGGCAAUGCCUGAAGAUGCGGCUGCGCACAGAGCAGCUAGCAGCAGCAGCAACAGCACCUGCUGCAAGAGCUGCAGCAGCAACAGCAGCAGCAACGCCACGUGGUUGGGCUGAGCCUGAGCCGUGGGGUGUUACACUCAGCCAAGAGAGGGGGUAUCCACUGCAGCAACAGCAGCAGCAGCAGCAGCAGCAGCAGCAGCAGUUGCUACAGCAACAGCAGCAACAGAAGCAGCGAGCUCGUUCUCCUAGAUGUGCAUGCAGCUGCUGCAACAGCAGCAAACUGGCGGUGCCUCCGGCCGCUGCUCAGCGCUGGCCGUCAGGUCCUGCUGCUGCUGCUGCUGCUGCUGCACGCCCUCAUAUCGGGCUGCAGCAGUGGCGAGGACGCUCCCCAGCAGCAGCUGCUGCUGCUGAGGCUCCUACACAACUCAUGAAGCCACUAAGAAUACAGCAGCAGCUACAUCAACGGCAGCUGCAGCAGCAGCUGCAGCAGCACCAAUCCUUCUCUGGCCUCCGACAGCGCAGCUGCACUGUGCAAACUGCCGCAGCAGCAACAGCAGCAGCGCCAGCAGCAGCGCCAGCAGCAGCAUUGCAGCACGGGGGAGACACCUGCAGCAGCAUUUGCAUGCAGCGCCUUCCGUGCUGCAGCAGCAGCAGCAACAGAAGCAGCAGUCUGCGGCGGUGUUGCUGCCAGCAGCAGCACUUCGCUCCAGAGAUGCUGCACUGCAACAUUUGCAGCAACUCCGCAGCAGCAGCAGAAGCAUCACGGCAUGAUGUUUCUGCUGCUGCUGCUGCUGCGGCUGCAGUGUCUUUGCCUGUAGAUGAGGGGCAGCAGCUCAGUGCAGCAGCAAAAGCCACUCUUUCGUUUGGCUGGCCUGCUCAGCAGCAGCUGCUGCUGCAGCGGCAGCAGUUGCUGCAGCAGCAACAGCUGCUCCUCCAGCAGCAACGCCCUCAUCUGCAGCAACAACAGCAGCAACAGCAGCUGCUGCUGCAGCAGCCACCGAAGGCGUUGGGGCUGCAAGGCCCGCUGCAGCAAUAUGCCGGUGCGCAUCUUCAGCAGCAGCAGCAGCAACAGCUGCUGAUGCUGCAACAGCAGCUUCCCACUUCAUUACCUGGGGCCACAGACAUCUCGGCAGAAGCAGCAGCAGCAGCAGCAGCAGCAGCAGCAGCAGCGCCUUCCGUGUUGCCUCCCGCUGCUGCACAGGACACGUUCUCGCUGGGCUGUGGCUGCUUUGAAAGUCAGUUGGCUCCACAGCAGCAGCAGCAGCAACAGCAGCAGCAGCAGCAACAACAGCAACAAAUGACGAUGUACGGUCAGCACUCCAUUGCAGGGUUGACCCUUGCUGCUGAGGAGGCGCCAGUUGCUGCUGCUUCUGCUGCUGCUGGUGCUUCUGCUGCUGCUGCGCCAGUUCUUCCCGUUGCAGCAGCAGCAGCUGCUGCUGCAGCAGCAAUGCCAGGGCGUACGCUGCAGAGCAUCGAGCCCCUCGCUGCAGGAGCGGAGGCUGAGAACUUCUGUCACCUCUUUAUUCCCAGCAGCAGCAGCAACAGCAGCAGCAGCAGCAGCAGCAGCAGUGAUGCGAUUCCUCCUGCUGCUCUCUUCUUUUUUGCAUGCGCCGACCCUCAGUUGCUGCUCGCUGCAGCAGCACCUGGGGGCCUGCAACAGGCUGCUGCGCAGGCGGCAGCGCUCUCCUCUUCAAUGCAGCAGCAGCAGCAGCAGCAGCAACUUGUGGCUGCGGUGGUGUUGGGUGUAUCUGUCUCGGCUGCAGAGGCCGUCAUGGGGGCUGCUGCACCCGCAGCAGCAACUGCAGCAGCAGCAACAGCAGCAGCAGAAGCUGCGUCUCGAAGGAACGAUUCUCUUUACAGUGGGCCCCAGAAGCUGCUGCUGCAGCAGCAGCAGCAGCAACAGCAGCAAGUUUCUGCUGCUUUGCUCUGUGCUGUCGCUCCAGGGUUGUGUCGUGUUGAAAUGGAUUUGUUGCUGCAGGAGGUGCAGCCCCGCAUGCUGGUCUGCGGCAGGCCAGCAGCAAAUGAAGGGACCCCAGCAGCAGCAACAGCAGCAGCAGCAGCAGCAAACAGCCCCAAGCUCGUCUCUCCUUUGAUGCUGCUCCCUGCAUCUUUCUUUGGCGGUCAUAAUUCGGUGCUGCUGCAGCGUCAGGGACUCCUCGCCGUUGCUGCGUGA